CCUAGCUCGUGAAGGGGAAGGUCCACUCCGCUCUCUCUCUCCCUCUCCUCUCCCACUUGCCUGUUUGCCCCCCAAGCUGUCAUCACCUUUUACUGCCGCUGUCUUGGUGUUCGUGGUGUUGCAGUGGUGUUGAGGGUGUUGCUGAAGGUUGACACACACACACAUACGUACACGUGCAGGGAAGGUACUCAGCACGCCCCCCAGGAUGUUUGAAGGCUGGUGGGCGGCGUUGGUGGUGGCGUCGGUGUGGGCGACUGGCGCUGACGGCGAGGCGGCUCGAAUGAACCAAGUCUCGACCUCCAGCUUAUCGUCCUCAACGCUUCAGUGGGUGGACGUGGAGCCCGGCCAGCCGCUGCCCCCCGGCGCGCUGCAGGUGAGCGAGGAAGGUGGAGCGUGGUGCCGCCUCAGCGACCACGGGCGUCUGGGGGGUGUGGUGCGGGAUGGAAUUUGCUACGCACCCUUCCUCGGCAACGUCGUCUCCUCCGGGUCCGACAAAUACGAGGCGCUGGUGUCCAUCAACGGCUCUGCGCGGCUCAAGGAGAUUGAAUGGUCGCGGCCCUCCGCCCUCAGUCCUGGCGGCCUAGAGGUGGAAAAGAACCGACUGCUGGCCCUAGUGCGCACGCCGAAGGGCGCCGUGCUGCCGGGCUACGUGGACUUGCAAAACCGUCGCGCCAACGUGCUGAACGGCGACGUGGCGGAGAAGUAUGAGGAGGCAGUGAUCCUAUCAGAGGACGAACCAGAGCGCUACGAGAUGGACGGCAUUCUGUGGGACGAGGCGCGCGCCAAUGAGUUCUCCGAGGAUAUCUUGCUGAACAACCUCACCUUGGAGAACCCCGGGGCGGAGGCCCAGGAGGUGAAGCAGACUGUGGAGUACGCGAUGAAGGAGGAGCUGUACUUCGGCAACGUGCGAGGCACCGUCAAGGGCGUCACAGCCACCGUCACGGGGCCGGGCGGCCAGGUAUGGGAGGUCACUUGGGGCAUUGUUAGUACAUUUCAGCGGGUGAAGAUGCAGCCGGUGUCGUUAGAAGUGCCGCCUGGUGCUGCCGUUGACGUAAAACUGAUUGGCGUGAUGCACAAGUACGAGUCACCGUACACGGGCCAGCUGACGGCCGUGUACAAGGACAAGACGCGGCGGGCUCGGACUGUGACGGCGCUGCAUCAUCACUUGUAUCUGGCCGAGCUGCGCGCCGACUACGGCCGCCCACGCAGCCUGGACAGCGGCCGCGAACUGGAGGGUGACUUCCCCACCUCCGAGGUGCUGAUCGCCUCCACCACCACUACCACCACGACCACCACCACCCCAGCUCCCCCUGGCACGCCUUUAGGACCCGAGCCGGCAAGCUCCAUUGCCACUGCCGAGACCAGCCCCGCUCCUGCACUUCCCGUCCUGCCGCCCCCCCUUCUGGUCUGCUGCCUGGCCCUCCUGCUGCGUCUCGCCCGCCCCUAGACGCCCACACUUCUUGAGGCGGCGAGAUAAGCGGCAGCGAGGCGGGUCGGAGCGUCGUGCUGGUGUGUGGUGCCUGGAAGGGGCAGGCUGGGGGAACGGCACCGACGCUCGCCCGCCGGAAGGAGAGAAUGACGCAAGGAGGCAGACGUGACGCCGCACACUUCAUUCCUCAUUGUGUCGCGUGUGAAGGGGGAGGAGAGGGGCGAGUGGGGCAGCACCACUAUCACUGCCACCCCUCAAUCCCACACCACACCCGCACACGCCGAAGUGGUGCACACAACACCUUGUGUGACUCGGUAAAACACACACACACACACACCACGUCUCAGCAUUGCGUGUACAUAAGUCAAGGUGUAUGAAGAGUCUAGCAACCCCAGAUCUCGUAGGCACGCAGCAUGAUAGUGGACAGUGAAUGAUGCCCCUCCAGCCUAAAAGAAAGGCACUCCUACAUACUUCGGCGAGUGACUGAAUACUACAUAAUACAUACUUCAUGCUACAGCGUGUGAUUGAAUACUACAUACUACAGCUUAUGACUGAAUGCUUCGUGCCUGACUGUUGUACUCCCCUUAUUUAUGAAAACGUGUAUAUAUGACACGACUGCCGUAUGUAUGCAGGGAGCGAGGACACGUGACAUUCAUUCCCUAUACCCAAUAGUUCUCGUGUACAUAUACAUGAAUGCGUCAUACAUAUACCAAAACGAGUUCUACGAUAAGGAAAAGAUAGGCCAACUUACGCUUUUUUUUUUACACUAUAAUCAUCGGAAAGAAAACAAGCUAAGCGGUAAAAAGAUGUAGAAAUAUAGUAAACAGUUGAUUGAUAAGUACAUAUAGAUAAACAGAUGUAUAUAGAGCGAUAGGUAGGACUUAUAUAGUGAUAAUUAGUAAAGCAUGUUAAACAGGUGAUCAAUCAUUUAACACUAAAAUGGCCCCUAAAUUGUAAGUUGGCUCGUUUCUCUGUCAGUCCAAUGUAAUUACUGAUCUAUACUGUUGUUACUAGUGGGCCUACAGUAGCUUCACGUAUUACAGCUGAGCAUCUCAAUUUUUCAGGACACGAAUCCCAAGAUGAGAAUGAAGAGGAAGAAAUAGUUUUAAUGUCUUCGGAAAUGUUUUAGGUGAAGUGACUGCUGAUGUUGAGUUGAAAAGUUUUGUCUCUCCCCACAGCAAUUAUUUACAUAUUUACCUACUAUAUGGGAAAUUAUUUUGAUCUCGUUUGUUUUACUUUCACGAACCGAGUCAAGUCCGGUAAUAUUUCACUCAUUCCCCUUGAAUUCCCAAUAGAGCAAUUGUUUAUUUUUUUACGGAAAUUUAAUGAAAAUGAUACUGAUAAUUAUAACUAAGAUGAUUUCUUACGAGAAGAGAUAAAAAUGAAAAAGGCCUAGCUACUAGGUCCGUGCGCAUUAUAGUAGUGGUGGUGGUGGUGGUGGUGUUUUAUGUUUGAUAUAGUGUGGUGGUGCAUAGUGAUGAAAUAAGUAAUUCAUUGUUUAUUUCAGCACCACAGUGACCACCAGCACCCCACCAUCACCACUACUCGUUUCCGUCAAUAACACACACACACACACACACACACACACACACACACUAUCUACAUACCAGUAGCUUCGUGCAAAGUCUUCCCCAUCCAUUUUUUUCGCGCUCUAGAUGAAAAACACAAACAGACUUAAUUUAUCCGGUGAGUGUGUGUGUGUGUGUGUCGCCGUGCUGCCUCCUGUUGGCGACACUGGAAACUUUGGGAUGACGUUAAAAGGGGAAUAAAACGAAAUAACAGAAUUGCGAGAUAACGUUGAAUGGAAAGUUGGGAAGUUAGAAGAGACGAAAAAUGGUCGAGUAUUACUGAAAAGGAGAGCAAAAAAUGGAAAUGUGCAAGUGAUGAUAAAAGGAAACGAAGAAGAGGGGAGGGGUAGAAUAGAACAAGAAUUAAUAAACUAAAUAAAAAAAAAACUAUGGCCAAAUAUUAAUAAAAGUUUACGUCCGCCCCAGUAAUGAAAAAAAAAAGUUACGCCUCUGUUCGCGCUGGAUUUCAUUUGGAUUUUUUUUUUUGCCUUGAAUUUUGACGACAUAUGGUGACUCCUGUAUCUUAUUUUCGUCAUUUUCCAUUUUUUUUGUUCACAUUCCAUUAUUUGUUCACAGCUCUCGUAUUUUUCAUAUUAUUGAGGUGCAGUUAGUAGGCUCCUCAUUGUCUGCUUUAUUUAUACAUUCGUCUUGUUCAGAUAAUUUUUUUUCCUAUUUAUCUCACAUAACUUUUGGGGUUUGGAAGUGAUGCUGCAGUGACUUUCCUCUCUCUCUCUUUGGCUGGUCAUAGGGAAGUGUUAAUUUGACCGUCACGUCGUAAAUCUUCUCUCUCUCUCUCUCUCUCUCUCUCUCUCUCUCUCUCUCUCUCUCUCUCUCUCUCCUGUGAAAUGUUGAAGCAAAACCUUUUUAAAGGGUAUAUAGAAGUGUGUGUGUGUGUGUGUGUGUGUGUGUUGAUAUUUAUAGGUGAAGGUGCGCGUUUAAUUAGUCGUGUGCAUGGAAAGGUGAGGGUUUGUAUUGAGGCAGCGAGUUUGCAAAAAAAAGUUACGAUCACCCACUUUUUUUCUUACUAACUUUUUCGCGAUAUUAAUAGGCGAAUACUUUCCCUUUUUCCUCUUCCCAUUUUUUUUCCUUUUCACUACUAUCGAUUUCUUGUCCAUUUUUCUCUUUUUUCCCCAUAUUCUCUUCGUUGCGGCUGAUGGUGCGUGGUGGCGGUGCCGGGGAUGAGAACGAUACAGACGAUGGUGAUUUUUUGUGAAUAUUCUCGUGUCGUAAUCUUCGUAGCAUGAAAGUGUUUCGUCCAGUGAGUAUAAGAAAAUAGUAAAAAUGGUAAUAGUAAGGGAUAAACAUAUUAAUAAUGGAUACUCUUUCGAACUUUACCAAUAAUAGCUAGCCAACACUGUAUGUAUUAAAUGUUAUAUAUAUUUUUUGAGCUGCAGAUUUUUGAAGUCGUGUCAUGUGCCGUAAAAACUUUAAGAUGUUCGUUUUUUUGCUCGACUAGUGAGUGAGGUAACCUAUAAAGACCCCGUCAGUAUUUCAAUUAAUUGUCGUCUUCACGCGCGUAUGCGUGUGUGUGUGUGUGUGUGUGUGUGUGUGUGUGUUCGGGACCGUCUGUCUGUGAUCUAGAAACAAAGUAAAUACAGAACAAUAGUGAUAAUGCUUCUAUACCCUUUCUCCUCUAUUUGUGAACAUUACCAAAACACUAAAUGAGAUGAAAUAUGGAACUUUAAGCUGACACCAUAUUUCUUUCAUUUAUUUACGUAUAUUCCAUAGUUCCGUGUGCAUGUCAAGUUCUGUAAAAAAAUAUUGAAGACCUGAGCUGAUGUACUGAAUCAGUGGGCGUUAUUUAUUGUGUGUGUGUGUGUGUGUGUGUGUGUGUGUGUGUGUGUGUGUGUUCAAUCUUUGUAGUCGGUACCGUGAAAAUUAUCCAUGAACAAAUUAGUGGUGCGAGGUUUGUUUUUUGGACAUUAUUGUGAGUUGUGGUCUUGUUUACAGUGAGACCUUGUGGUGUGUUGUUGUUUACCUGAGGAGAGUUGUGUUACAUUCAUGGGUUGUAACUAUUGUAACAGUAACAUUAUUAGUUUGUUUGCAGUGAGCACCUCUGCAUUGUAAUUUUGUUUACAGUGAUAUAUUUUUUUGUUAUAUAUUUUGAAGUAAAAUGAUGUAUAAUUGUAUAUAUAUUGAAGAAGUUUGUAAGGGUUACAAACUUACAAUAAGUUAGUUUUAGCAACAAUUUUGUUGACUCGGUCUCAAUUUUGAGAUAGUCUCCAAAAAAAAUCGAGUUUUUUUGUUUAUGAAAUUAUCAGUUGUAAUUCAGUUUAUAACGUCGGACCUGAUAUUGUCAAGUCGUAAACAGUGAGAAUUUCAAACUGUAUUUUUCUUUCGUACAAGUAUUUGUUAUACUAACGUUGUGUCGGGUUUGAAUUUUCCUUAUUGAUGUCAUUUUUUAUUGUUUUUUCAAUGGAAAUGGUUUGUUGUUCUCCUUGGCGUUUGUUUGUGUCUACUUUCGCCAGAGGUAUACAUGGGUGCUGAUCCUGUGCUUGUAUUUUUGUUUGUUUGUUUAUUCUUUGCAAAGACUGCAAAUUUACCAUGCAGUGGCAAAAUAAUUAUUAUUCUUUUUGUCAUUUGUUUUUCUCUAUUCUUUCGUGCUUUCGAGUCUUUACAAGGUGUAACAUGUACUCAUGAAGUGUAUGAACGCAUAUUUUCAUUGUAUAAAAUUGAAUAAAAUGUAAUUACUAGG